CCCCAGCCGAGACUCCCUUCUCGGGGCACAGUCCCCGUUAAUUCCGAGCAGGCUGGGGCUCGCCGGGAUUUACUGGCAUUGCCCGCCCUGGGAACGCGCAUGCGGCCUCUACCGGUUGGGAAACCGGGCCCUGGUUACAAAACGCUGCAGAUUCCGGAAUUUCUGUAUCAGGGAGCAGUAUUGGGGCAGGGGAUGGAUGGCUUGCCUUUAGCUUGUGUUUGGGGUGCCUUUGGGAGAGGCCGAAGCCUUUCAAGUCAGCAGUUGGUGCCAGCCCGGACUCACAGGGGGCUGCUGUGGCUCCGACUAUAAACAGUACGUGUUUGGCGGCUGGGCCUGGGCCUGGUGGUGUAUCUCCGACACAAAGAGGAUUUCCCUAGAGAUUAUGACGUUGCAGCCCCGCUGCGAGGACGUAGAGACCGCCGAGGGGGUAGCUUUAACUGUGACGGGUGUCGCCCAGCAGUGGACCUCGAGGAACAGAACCAGUGCUGGAGGCUCCUGCCUCACUAACCCUCCCUGGAAUUCUUUUCAGGUGAAGAUCAUGACGGAGAAGGAGCUCUUGGCCGUGGCCUGCGAGCAGUUCCUGGGCAAGAACGUGCAGGACAUCAAGAACGUCGUCCUGCAGACGCUGGAGGGGCACCUGCGCUCCAUCCUCGGAACCCUGACCGUGGAGCAGAUCUACCAGGACCGAGACCAGUUUGCCAAGCUGGUGCGGGAGGUGGCGGCCCCCGACGUGGGCCGUAUGGGCAUUGAGAUCCUCAGCUUCACCAUCAAGGACGUCUACGACAAAGUGGACUAUCUGAGCUCCCUGGGAAAGACACAGACUGCCGUCGUGCAGAGAGACGCCGACAUCGGCGUGGCGGAGGCUGAGCGGGACGCGGGCAUCCGGGAAGCAGAGUGCAAGAAGGAGAUGCUAGACGUGAAGUUCAUGGCAGACACCAAGAUUGCCAACUCCAAGCGUGCCUUCGAACUGCAGAAGUCCGCCUUCAGUGAGGAGGUCAACAUCAAGACGGCCGAGGCCCAGCUGGCAUAUGAACUGCAAGGGGCGCGCGAGCAGCAGAAGAUCCGGCAGGAGGAAAUCGAGAUCGAGGUGGUGCAGCGCAAGAAGCAGAUCGCGGUGGAGGCGCAGGAGAUCCUGCGCACCGACAAGGAGCUCAUCGCCACCGUGCGCCGCCCGGCUGAGGCCGAGGCCCACCGCAUCCAACAGAUCGCUGAGGGCGAGAAGGUGAAGCAGGUCCUGUUGGCUCAGGCAGAGGCUGAGAAGAUCCGCAAAAUCGGGGAGGCAGACGCGGCUGUCAUUGAGGCAAUGGGCAAGGCGGAGGCGGAGCGAAUGAAGCUCAAGGCCGAGGCCUACCAGAAGUACGGGGAUGCUGCCAAGAUGGCCUUGGUACUGGAGACCCUGCCUCAGAUUGCCGCCAAAAUCGCCUCCCCACUGACCAAAGUUGAUGAGAUUGUGGUCCUCAGUGGAGACAACAGCAAGGUCACCUCAGAAGUGACCCGGCUGCUGGCCGAACUGCCCGCCUCUGUGCACGCCCUCACAGGAGUGGACCUCUCAAAGAUACCCCUGGUCAAGAAAGCCACCGGUGUGCAGAUGUGAGACCCAGCAGGCCCUUGCCUGGCGGCAACUGCCCGCCCCUCCCUCCAGCACCUGGUUUAAUUGACACCACAGGGACAAUAGGAACGUACUGACUCUGGUGCCUUAUUUUGUAGGAACCAGAAGUGCUGCGUGUUCAGGCCAUCUCUGUCUGUUUCCUCUUCCUGCCCCCAGCCCCAGAUUACUCAACAUUCACUGCCACACUCACCCACGUGCCCCUGUGUUUCUCUUCUUCUGUCUGUCUUUUUCUCUCCUCCUCCCUUCCCUCCUGCCCCCCUCCACACAUCAUUUAAGCUGAAGAUGUUUCUCAUAGUCAUCGUCUGCUCGGGGUGGGGGGCGGGGGGCUGCUGCUCCUCGGAAUCCUGGUGCCUUGAACUUCCGCCCUGUGAUCCUGACCACAGCUCAGCAUGGGUGCAGGGAUUCUGGGUAGGACGGCCACUCUCCUUGUUCCUGGCCUGGCCUUCCCAACUCAAAGCCCUGCUCCUAGGGAAGCCCAGGCCUCACCCCCUGUCCCUUUAGGCCUUCCAGGCGCAGGACCCUUGGCCUUUCAUUUGUCCUUCCCCCAGCCCCAGGCCCGAUCUCAUAGCCCAUCACUGGGGCCAGAGGCCAGGCCUGCCUCUAGCAGCUCCCUGGGUUUACUGUUGCCUUAGGAAGCCCCUGCUUGUGCUCAGGGAAGCCUCCUUCACGGGCACGUCCCUGCUAGGUGGGAAGAGGUUUAUUCCCAAUCUCGGCUGAGCCUUUCUGAGAUGAGGAUCUAGACCAGUGGGUCAGGAAAGUAAGUGGCCCCGCUUCUGGGCCUCUGGUUAGGACUGCAUUGCCCUGGGGCCCAGGCCCAUCCAGCGGGCAAGCUUGUGUGCUGCAGGCUGACCCAGCCCCAUAGCCCCUGGGCAGUCUUUCUUUCCAACCAAGCAGUCAGCUUGAGCAAUGGGGAAGCUGCCAGUCCCCUGUCUCCUUGCUCCAGUGGAGAGAGAAGAGCCCAGGGCCCUGGAAUCCCUGCAGGGGUGUUGUCAGUGUCCUCCGGUCCUCGGCCUGUGUAGCCCUUCCUGCAUGUGGAUGCUGCAUGUCUGCUCUGGGGCUUGGAUACUGCACUGCCCCACUGCCUGUCUCUUCUGGUAUAAUAAAGAUCUCUUAGGCCCA